AUGCUAUGCUACAGCAGACAAUUUGAUUGCCGCAUUUUCGCGGUCCCCUCUGCACUCCGCCUUCCUGGCUGCUCCUUGCUCAAGCAUCCCACAAAUAGACUUCACCAAGACGAUGCCGGCUGUUACUUGCAGGGCGACCUGGAAGAAAAGCUCGGCAUUGCAAUAUCGCCGCUGUGUGACCGCCGCAAGGCAGAUGAAUUGCCGCAAGCUCAGUGCAGCUUCUUGGAAUACAUUGUUUUGCCUCUGGCUACGGAAAUAAGGUCUUGCUUGGAACGUCAAGUGGCUCCGCAGCACUCCGGUGGUCCUGUAAUGGAGCCAAACUGCACUGCAUUGUACUUGAUGGAGGGAGUAAUAUCGCACGCAAACUACAAUUUGAGAUGCUGGAAAAGCAUGACUAGUUCUCCUAGCCCACAGAGGCAAGAAAAUACAACAUCUUUUGAGCCCUGUGCUAUGGCAGAAAAAGACAACGAAGCACUCAGCCACAAUGACCGAAAAGGCACCCCAUCCGUAAUUACAACUGACUAG